ACUAACGUCUAGGAGUUGAGCUCGCCCCUCAGGAAGGACGCUUUUCGACAACGCCCGACGCACUCCGACGCGUACCUUCACCUCUUCACCUCCCACUCUGCUCUUCUCACACACUUGCGUACAACGCUCAUGCACACACACACGCUCUGCUCCUCACGGUCACACUCUCCUCAAACACACACACACGUCUCUCACACGUAUAUUCCUCACACACACACAGUUCACUUAAAACACACACUCACACACACUCGGAGGCAGACAGCGUUAUGUUGGAGGAGAAGAGCACCAAGGUGAAGCUGGCCUCCCUUGUCAUCCUGGUGGGCAUCUCCUCCAUGUUGGCGGCGGUGGUGACGGACCACUGGGCCGUGCUCAGCCCCAGGGUGGAGAAGCUUAACAGCACCUGCGAGGCAGCCCACUUUGGCCUGUGGAGACUCUGCAAGAAGAGCAUCUUCAUGGUGGAGGAGGACCCUGAGGGCAAGGGCUGUGGCCCCAUCAGUCUGCCUGGAGCUAAGAACUGCUCCUACUUUAAACACUUCACGUCGGGAGAAGAAGCUGAACUCUUUGAAGUUAAAACCCAGAAGGAGUACAACAUCUCGGCAGCGGCCAUCGCUGUGUUCAGCCUUGCCUUCAUGGUGCUGGGCUCUCUCUGUGUCCUGUGCUCAUUUGGAAAGGGCCGAGACUACCUGCUGCGGCCUGCUGGAAUGUUCUUCGCCUUCGCAGGCCUGUGCAUUAUCAUCUCUGUGGAAGUCAUGCGCCAGUCCGUCAAGCGUAUGAUUGACAGUGAGGAGACCAUCUGGAUUGAGUACUACUACUCGUGGUCCUUCGCCUGUGCAUGCACCUCCUUCAUCCUCCUCCUUUCCAGCGGAGGCAGUCUACUCAUCAUCUCCAUGCCUCACAUGCCUCGCAACCCCUGGGAGACCUGCAUGGAUGCAGAGCCAGAGCCCAUAGAUGAGUGCUAAACUAUGACGGGCCAGGCUGGACUGGAUAGGCUGGUUUGGAUAGAACGGGAUCAUGCAGGUUUAUGGCCCAGUUUCCCAGACAUGGAUUAAGCCAAAAGUAAGAGAAAAUUCAAUGAAAAUUCUACCAAUGUUUUUAGUCUCGGAAUAGGCUUAAUCCAUGUCUGGGAAAAUGGGCCUAUAUAUAACUAGAUUGCAGUAAAAUAAACAAGGAAGAUCACAGACCAAGACCAGAUGACAUUACAGACCAAAUUAUACCAGACCAGAUAAGACCAGACCAGACUACACCACAGCAGACCAGACCAAACAACAACUGACCUGACCAGAUAUGACUAGACCAGACCAGAUUACAGCAGACCAGACCAAACUACACCUGACCAGACCAGAACAGACCAGAGUAGACUACACAAAACCAGAUUAUACCUGAACAGACUAGAUCAGACUAAAUCAGACCAGACCAAACAACACCAGACCAGACCAGACCAAACUUCAUUAGACAUGAUCAGAAUAGAACUACACCAGACCAGAUCUGACAGAGCCAUUGCUCUGCUUUAUUGCAAGGGAUCAUAGGUCUUGAAAAGGCUAAAGUGUCAGCACAUUGUUUUCACUCCCAGGUAUUCUUAAGGUCAUGCUAGUCACAAAUUGUCUAAAGACUACACCACCUUGAAUUAUCCCAAGGUUCAAACACUUCCUUAAUCCCAUCCCAGCUACAACAGCCCUCCAAGACCUCUGCUCAGGCACUAUCAAAUAUUACUGUUUAAAAAAGAAAGUACAACAGACAUUUAAAUAAUCAAUGUGGACAAAGUUAGGUUCAGGAAAUGACUUGGUUUAUAUGUGUAAGUUACAAACACUUUUUUGUAACUAUUAUCUGCAUUUAUAAAUACGAUUGACUCUACAUUGCUUCAAUCCAUGCAACUGGUGCAACCCAGUAAUCAAGUGAUUCUUGUUGUGAAAACAUACUGUCUCUAACAUCCAACUAUUUUUUUUGCUUUAUAGUACUGUAUGUUGUUGUUUAUAGUAUGUGUACUUUUUCGUAAUGUGAUUUAAGAUUAAAUGAGUUGCAAAUAUUAAGUGCUCCAGUUAAAUGACAACAAAUGAAUUGAAUCUAAGUGAUUGCUUGAACAAACAGAAAAUAAGGAAUGUUGUUGCUCGGUGGUCUGCUUUACAUUUACAAUGCAUUUAAACUCUAUACUUUAAUAUUAUGCGUUGGCUUUUAGAGUUUGUAGAUAACAAAAGGCUGACAUAUCUUGGUAAUUUAAAUCCGAACUGUGGUAACACAUAGCCCCAUUACUCUGUCUCUGUCUCUGUCUCUGUCUC